GAAUGUACACGCCAGGGACGGAAAGCACUCCUUGGUAAGACACCCGGCAAGGUUGCGAGGCUUCGAGGUCUUCGAGUCUUCGAGGCUACGAGGCUGCGAGGCUGCUGUGUUAACCAUGAAGAGUGGCAGAUAGAAAAGGUUCGCAUGGUUCUCAUGCCGCCCAUCCAAGAUACACGGCGUACAAACAAAUCGGGUGCAAUCGUAACAGCCGACCGAAGAUCACAGUCACAACCGUCACAAUCACAAUCGUUGGGAAACAUGAUCAAAGCUUGCUUUCUCUUGAAUACUACAUUUGCAAUAUUUCAUGUGUGAUUUCAACACCACCUGUGUUCUCUAGAUCCAAGAUGUCUAGAUUAUCUCGCUACUUGAAUUGGAUCACAGUGGAGCCCGUCGAGUUCCUGUAUUGCUUGAUGUUCACCACGUCCAAUGUGGUUCGUGACAAUCUCUUUAGUGAGAAAGUAUGCCUGUUAGACUGUGGCUUCUCCGAGGACAUUUGCUACAAUCUCAUUCAUCACAAUGACGACAUCAACGCCACGGUCAAGACUUGCGUUCAAACGCGAGUGGCCGAGCUCGAACUAUGGGACGGGAUCAUCGUGACCUUGCCCUCGGUGUUCUUUUGUCUGUUUGUGGGCAACUGGUCGGAUUAUCACGGCCGUAAAGUGCUCAUGAUCAUGCCCUUUCUCGGCAAUAUUAUGGGCUACGUGGCCUACAUCCUGAACUACGCUUUCUUUGAUGAUUGGGGCACCAACCAUCUUCUGUGGGGCUCACUCAACGGAGCAUUUGGCGGGUAUCAGUGCUUCAACAUGGGUUUGUACGGCUACGUGUCGGAUGUGACCUCGGUCGAAGCGCGAACCACACGUCUGUCUAUUUUGAAUGGGGUGUUUUCAUUGGGCUAUGUUAUUGGCACGAGUCUAGGGGGCGUGCUUUUCUCACAAGUGGGAGACUUUUAUGUGAUAUUUGGGAUCUCCAUUAUUUUAGCCGUGUGCGGCAUCCUGUACACGGUCUUUAUCGUACCUGAGAGCGUGAACGCCACUCAGGAGGAGCGGGACAAUCACCACUUCAUUGACUGGAAGAAUGUGCUCGAGAGUUUGCGCACCGUGUCCAAAGUCCGAGAAGGCUCCGGCCGAACCAAGAUCAGUUUAUUAGUGCUCAAUUUUAUGGUGUUCAUGUUUUGCCUGAACACGAAUCGCUACGACUUCCUCCUGGUUCAGAACGAGUACGAUUGGACCAUCGUGGAGUUCUCCUCGUAUCUAUCGGUACAACGAAUAUGUCGGCUUUUGGGCCUGUUCAUCCUAUUACCUCUCCUGAGUCGAGUCCUCAAGAUCGACGACGCCCUGAUUGCUUCAUUAAGUACGGUCGUGACCAUCGUGGCUUACGGGCUCAUUGCUUUUGGCAACGACACAUGGACUGGACCGACCGGCACCUGGAUUCCGGGAUGGGUCCUAUACUUGUCGGCCGCAUUGCAGUUCAAUUCUAUGAUCACGGUGAUCCUCCGAUCGCAGUGCACCAAAGCCGUGGACGUGAGCGAAAUCGGACGCAUCUUUUCCGUGGUGGCGUUUGGUCAGGCCAUUGUGCCCUUGAUUUCCAACCCUUUGUUCUCUUUGAUCUAUCAGAACACGUUAAAUUCAUUCCCGGGAGCGUAUUUGUUGGUGGUGGACCUGUUACUUUUGUGCGCCCUGUUUUCCAGCUUAUACCUCUGGUGGGACUCGUACCAAUCUCGAAGGACCCUCAUUCUAGUCGACUCCCAGUAGUCGGGGACAUGAUGCCUUUUUUUACCAUAGAUAUUUCUAUACAAUGACAAUCUGUCGUGACAUAUUGUGUCUGAUAUAAACAUAUCUGUUUUGCCAGCCAAAUGGUCGGUCGUCUGA